AUGUCAUCAGAACAACAUGAAAUGGCCGAUUUCCGCCGAGUUGGAUCACUUGAACAAGAAGUGCAUGAAACUCCACCUCUGAACGAUGCAAUGCUCAAUUCGGCGCAAGAUAUAGAUGUUCUAGAUCGUCCGCCAACACCUCAAAGAACACCACGAUCAUCAAACGCAGGCAUAAAAUCCAAUUACGAUUAUGAUGAUCAAAAAUGGGAUAGGUGGUUCGUGUUAAUAAUGUUCGCUAUUCUGAACUUUUCGAACAUCGCCUCAUGGCAUUGCAUCCGCGUCCGUUGGAAACUAUGUCAAUGCUUAUUCUCGAGGAAACACUUCAACUUGGUAAAGCUUUCUGCCGUCUACAUGCUUAUUUCCAUUCCAAUUGGAUUUUGGGGAAUGUGGCUCGGCGGCAUCGCUGGAGUCAGAGGCUCCCUAUUAAUCGCUGCAUUCGCGAAUGUUCGUGGCGCAUUAAUUCGUACAUCAUCCGGAUGGUCUUUCAAUGGAAACGACCGUGGUUCCUUUGUCCUGAUUGGUCAGGGAUUUGCUGCAGUCUCAUAUCCGUUCCUCAUGUAUCUUCCAUCAACCAUCUCAAAUACAUAUUUCCCUCGCGAUCAAAGAACAAUUGCCACCACGAUUGGUUUUUCUGUGGAAUCCACUUGGAAUCUUGAUGGCCAAUCUCAUCUCGCCUCUGAUAGUUCAAUCAUCUCAAGAUGUUGUUAUGCUAAACCUAGUAUUGCUCGGUAUUUGCGUGAUAGGAAGUGGAGGAGCUACUUUCGCAGCCGCAGCAAAGAAGUUGACGGCAAUGAUCAUAUGGGAUCCAAAGUCACCUAUCAUGAAAGCAUCAAGGCUUGUUUCAAAAACCCAACAUAUGUAAUAUUGUUUUUCUCUCUUGGUGGAGGAAUUGGAAUGUUCAACAGCCUUUACGCAAAAAUGUUUGAUAUGCUCUGCCCAGUUGGUCGUGGAAACUUGAUGGCUGGACUCUGUGUUGUAGUCAUGAUCACAAGUGGAGUUAUCGGAUCUGUAGCGGUCGGAUUCGUGAUUGACAGGAAAAAGUGUUAUCGAGAGGCCGUGAUGGCUCUGAUGUGCGGAGCUGUUAUUUCCGGAAUCGCCUUUAUUUGGCUCACCAAUCUUGAAGGAAAAAUUGUUGGAUUCCUGCUUAUCGUCUUCGCCUGUACUCUCGGUGCAUGUGGUCUUGCCGCAUAUCCUGUUGGACUGGAGUUAGCAUUAGAGGCUACGUAUCCGGUUGCUUCUGAGGUAGCUUCCGGAUUAAUCGUUAUUUUCGGACAAUUAUUCGGCCUUUUUUUCAUCCUGAUCUUACAAAAUUUCUCUAAAAUCAUCGGAGAAGACGAUACUCAUAUUUCGAGCAUCCAGGUAUGCGGAACUUCAGCAACAGAACCACACAGCCCGACCAACUCGCCCAAAAAGUAUACCGCUGCGUUUGUCAUUAUUAUCGGCAUCGCUAUGAUGUUUGCUACUCUUACUGUCUUCAUUCAGCCAGAGUACAAACGAUCAGCGGUAGAAGGAGUCUACCGAAAACAAGGAAAACAAGUUCAUUAUGGACCAGAUGAGUCUAAUCCACGAGUAGAUGUGAACUCAGUUCACAAGAUUACCCCAGAAGCAGAGGAAAGACAACGAAUUAAUGCUGCUGCUAAAAUACGACAAGAACUGUAUGCAGCAAAAAUCAGAGAGGAAAAUGUGGAGUGUGUUACACCGAAAAGCCACAGUGAAGCUUCCACUCCAGCGAACUAA